AUGAGCUGCAAGAAGGAGCCAUUGCGAGCGAUGAACGCUGAUCAUGAGGAGUUGCUGCAGGAGCUGGAGUCUAUUGACGCUAUAUACCCGGGGUACAUGACCGUUCACACGGCGGAUUCGACAAUUGUGUCUAUCAAGGUGCCGCAACAUGAGUAUGUCACGGUUCAGAUAUCGUUUCCAGCGGACUACCCUUCGAAAAGCAGCCCCAGGGUGAUGGAAUUGCGGUUUGAUGACGAUUCCCGGCUGGUUUCACACGACGCGAAGUUUCUGCUGCAUCUGUUCCAGGAGGUGAUGGACUCUGCUUUCUACCAGAACGGACGUAAUGCCGUAUGUGUGUUCGAUUUUCUCACAGAGCUGGACAGGGUGCUGUACACGGAGCCCGAGCAGAACGACCGCGCCGUCGAGAAAGUUGUGCUGCCAACGGACCCUUUUGAGCACUGGUAUGCGUCGCAGCCGAUCACGGACCGCGGUUCCACGUUCAUGGGGUUCGCAACCAGAGUGAGCUCUGAGACCGAGGCGUUCCAGCGUCUGGAGACGUUGAAGACCGACUCCAAGAUUAGGAAGGGCAGCCACGCGAUGUGUGCCUGGCGAAUAAAGCAGCGGUUGCAGGACGACAAGCGAGAGAUCAUCUUCCAGGACUCCGACGACGACGGCGAGACCGCUGCCGGGUCCCGAAUGCUGCAUCUGAUCACUAUCAUGGACGUUUGGAACGUCAUGGUCGUCGUGGUCCGCUGGUUCAACGGCGCGCACCUCGGGCCUGACAGGUUCAAACAUAUCAAUUCUGCCGCUAGGGAGGCCGUGCUCAACGCGGGGUUUUGA